AAAACUUGCUUCUGAGGACCAGCUAUACUUCUGAAAGAUUUGCGUUGUGUUAGACACCGUGCAUUGAGGCAUUAUUGAAAAGAAGACCAUUUAGAGAAAUAAUUUGUUUAAUCGUUUGAUAAGGCGAUAGUCAAUCGAACACUCUAUCUAAAGUGCUUUAUAGAAGCAGAGAUGCUCGUCAGGAAUUAACGAAGCAGCUUUGAAUGACCGUGGAGUUUCGCAAAGAAACUACAACCUAAGUGACCAAGACACUAUAAACAGAAAGAGAGAGUAAUAUGGGAAACUUCAAAGGCCAUGCCCUACCGGGCAGUUUCUUCCUGAUUGUUGGAAUUUGGUGGUGUGUCAAGUUCUCUUUCUGGCAUGUUAGUCGGCGAAAGAAGAAUGCCUGUCCAUUUGCCACGAAAGCUGUGUAUCGCCGGGUAGAGAUCAUUGAGGCCACUGUCAUUGUGGUCUUCUCUCUAAUAGGCAUGAUUGCUGAACAGUUUGUCCCUGAUGGUCCUCAUCUCACACUCUUCAAUCAUAAGGAGCAGCACUGGGAUCACCUAAUGAACUGGCAGCAUACUACCAUGUAUCUCUUCUACGGGAUAGCGGGGGCAGUCACAAUUGCAGUUCAUACCACUGCAGCCGCUCCAGUAGCCUUUGACCGACUCAUGCUCUCUAUUGCUGUGUUUGUAGAAGGCUUUUUAUUUCUGUACCACCUGCAUGGUCGAGACAUGCUGGAUGUCCAUGUGCAUAUGCUCCUCCUGUAUGCAAUUUUUGGUGGGGCACUCACUGUAUUCCUAGAGGUUUUUCUGCGAGGCAAUAUUCUUCUAGAGCUCCUAAGAACCAGUCUGUGCCUGCUACAGGGCAGUUGGUUUUGGCAGAUUGGCUUUGUCCUUUAUCCCCCCAGUGGUGCCCCUCAGUGGGAUCUGCAGGAUCACAACAACAUGAUGUUCAUCACAAUGUGCUAUUGUUGGCAUUAUGCCUUUUCCCUUCUGUUGGUUGCUGGUAUUUACACUAUAACCAGCUGGGUGCUGCAUUCAAAAUUGAAGAGGAUACCACAAAUGGAAAUGGGGCUGCUGAAAAGAGACCAUGAAAGGGAAUCAGAUGAUGAUAUGUAGUUUGUUUCUUCAUAUAUUUUACACAAAGAAGGACAUGGAGCUACAUAUCAGUUAUAAAAUUACUGGUAAAGAAUAUCUACAAUGCAGUUUAGUAUUCCCACCAAGAAAGAUAUGAUUUGCUCCUUAACUGGCAAAUCUGCUAAAACUCUUGGUAACUGAUUUCAGUUUCUUUGAAUGAUUACUUGAAAUAUUACAAUAAGAAGCAAUCAUAAAAAGGAUUCAGGAAGAAUCAAGAAGACAUUUUUUUUUACCAACACCCAUGAUUUCAAAAUUGUCUUUAGAUAAAGAAGUAAAUUUGCAGUUCUGAAGAGGAUUCCUAGGGUGCCAUGAUGAACAUUUGCUGAUGUGACUUGUUCCUUAGCUUUACUUCGUUAGCUGUAAUCAGACCAAACCGGAUAUACUUUUCUCACUUAGGUGCUGUUUUUAUCAUUUCCCUCUACACUCUAAUGUAGAAAAAAUGCUUUAAAAAGAAGCUUUAAUUGUCCAGAAACAUGUUUUUGCACAUUUGACCUACUUCUUUAACCAGGAAGUGCGAAGAAUACCUGCAGAAAUAAGUGGCCUAGUCUUAUUCUAAGGUUUGCAGAGAGAUGAUUCUCUUUCAAGCUGUAUGU